AGCACCGUACUAAACAGUUAUCUAACCAUCAAGUGAAGAGUGUGCUGUGAGGCAUUUUUUUGACUAAUAGUUUCGACCUGUGCCAGGAGAAUAGCAGUGCCCACUUCAAGUGUCCUUAUAGAUCCAAGAAAAGCAGUAGAUAUGUUGAGAUUCGUGUCAGCUCUUGCCAUACUCGCCGCGACCGCCAAGGCCGCUCCGGUGGAGCAGGCGCACUACUCCUUCGUCUCGCAACACCCGGUCCACUACGAACCCGUGCACCAUGCCGUUCCCGAGGUCCACUAUCCGAUCCACGUCCUUGAAAGUCACGAAUACCAACCGUACCACCACCAGGUUGUCGCCGAGCAGCCUCAAAAGUACAUCAUAGAAGACCAUCAUCAAGCUGCUGGCGAGAGCUACGUCGACCACAAUACCUACUCCGGUGGCUACAGUGCCCUGUACGGUGGAGAUGUCCAAGGACAUCUGUACAACGCUGGUGGACACAGUGGCUACGCCAAGACCUACAACGAUUACUAUGCCUACCCCAAGUACAACUUCGAAUACGGCGUCGAUGAUCCACACACCGGAGAUCACAAGAAGCAGUGGGAAGUCCGUGAUGGUGAUGUAGUCAAGGGUGGAUACAUGCUGAAGGAAGCCGAUGGAACGACCCGCGUCGUUGAGUACACCGCCGAUGACCAGAAUGGAUUCAACGCCGUCGUCAAGAAGAUUGGCCAUGCUCACCACCCGGAAACGCACGCUCAUGCCUAUGCCCCUGUAGCUCAGCAAAGCGUCUACGGCCAUCUGGGUAACUACGCUGGAGCCUACGCUACCGGUGACCACUACGGCAAGGGAGCCACCAGCUACACCAAGGUCUGGAAGCAGCACUAAAUAAUUUGGACUCGCGAUCAUGGAGUAGUGAAUUAUUGCCAAAGAAGAACAACGCGGAACGAUACAUUAUUUAUUUCUCUUGAUGCUUUUAAGACGAGCUGCUGCUAGCUCCGAUCAACUACAUGCGAAAAGUUUUAGUCAAAAUGCCUCUCCACUAGGAUGCACAUUACCGAAAUGAUUAUUUUCACUCACUAUGCGGGAGUUAGAUGACUCGCGCAGCCAAGCGUCUGCAGUAGCUUCCGACGAAUCGAUUUUAUGGUUCCGAGAUGGACUGUAGUGGCGUGCGAGUUUUGAACUCCCAUAAAAUAUAAAGUUAAUAAACUGAUCUGUGAUAAAAAAAACUAAUGCAAAA